AUGGUGGUGGUGGUGGUGUUGGUUGUGGAGGUGGUGGUGGAUGUGGAUGUUUUGAAUGAGGUGGUGGUGGUGGUGGUGGAGGUGAAGGUGGAGUUGGUGGUGGUGGUUGUGGUGGUUGUGGUGGAGGUGGAGGUGAAGGUGGAGUUGGUGGUGGUGGUGGUGGUGGUGGCGGUGGUGGCGGUGGUUGUGGAGGUAGUGAAUGUGGUGGUGUAA